AUGCAGUUCACCAAGACUCUCCUCCUCCUCGCUUCGGCCCUCGCGCCCAUGGCCUUCGCCGCUGAGCAGGCUGCUUCCGUGCCCGGAGUGACCAGCACCAUCACCCUGGUGCCUUCUGGUUAUACUUCUCCCUCGUCGACCCCGACUCCCACUCCUACCUCGACCCCAACUCCCACCAACACUCCUACGCCUACCAGCACCCCGGUCUCCUCCAGCUCCUCGUUCAGCCGUGUCACUUCUACCCCCUUGAUCCCGAGCACCUCCACCUUUGUCGAGACCAACACCCAGACUGCUGCUCCUGCGCCGGCCUCCACCUCCACCUCUGCGCACUCGAACGGCGCCUCCAUGCGCCAGGUCUCUGGUGCCAUGGCUGCCGGUGUGGUUGCUGUCGCUGGCCUGCUCAUGGUUUAA